AUGGUUCCCUUUACUUAUCUUGCACCUGCGUUGUUCUUCAAUGCUACUGUCAAGACGGUUAAACCUUUGGGUCAUGAUUCAUUCGGCGCUGCUCUAAACAUGUUCGAAUUCGAGAGCGCCAUGCUAUACACCGAGCCUGAGUUUGAAAUCCAAUUCAGCGCUUCAGUGACAGCUGGAGUCAACUUCGCAACCACCAACGAGGCUGCUGGCAUCAGCGGGCCGGACUUUCGUGGAACGGUUGUGCCGAAUGAUGGUGCUGCCCCCUUCCAGAUGAGAAUGGGCGGAGUCCAACUAGGCAAUGAAGCAGUAUUACCAAUCAUCUCUGGAAACACGUCGUCCGGACUUGAGGUCCCUUACGGAACUGUAUACAGAGGUGCGAAUAACAUGAGUAUUCAGACUUUGUGCAACUGCAUACUUACAUGUUUGACAGUUUUGACCCCUGUUUUCAGAGGAGGCGAAGCACAUUACAAGACUUUGGAAAACUCAGUUUUUGUUGCAUCAGAGACAGUCUCUGAUUCUGGCGUUCCUGGAAAGUUUAUCUUAGGGGUCAAGAUCUCGAAGGUAUUCGCCAGCAAAACAAAUAUCACUAUUGGUGAGGAGUUUUGA